CCGGAAAUGAUGCAGCUCCUGUUCCUCGAUCAAUUAAUCCAUGGUCUUGAUGCGUCUUUAAAUCUGAUCACAACCUAGUGAUGCUGUUUUGAAACUCACCUUGCGUCAUUACUAUAUUAUUUUUCCUGCAGUGCGAACAGAGAUGGAUCCGUCCAGGAGGAGCGAGAGCGACUGGCAGGGUCUGGUGAACGAGUUCCUCGUUUGUAAGCGGAAGCUGGAGAGUAAGAAAGAAGCGCUCCUGAUUCUGUCGAAGGAGCUGGACACCUGCCAGCAGGAGAGGGAUCAGUACCAGCUGAUGGCUAACCAGCUGCGUGAGCGACACCAAGGACUCAAGAAGAAAUACAGAGAGCUCAUAGACGGAGAUCCCACUCUGCCUCCUGAGAAAAGGAAUCAAGUGAAUUUAGCCCAGCUACUGAGAGACUCCAGAGAAAAAAGCAAUCAACUCUCUGAGGAAGUGAAGGAGCUGAAACAACGACUGGUGGAAGCUCAAGGUGACAAUAAGCUUCUACGAAUGACCAUCACCAAACAGAGGCUUGGAGAUGAGGAGGUCGGCACUCGACACUUCCCUGCUCAUGAACGAGAGGAUCUGGUCAAACAGUUAGAAAGAGCCGGAGAGCAGAACGAGGUUCUGGAGCACAGCGUGAAGUCGCUCACAGACGAGCUCCAGGAUGUACGAGCAGAGCGGGAUGUGUUUCAGCAGAAGGCUCAUCGGCUCAAUGCGGAGAUAAAUCACAUCCUGGGCAACGAUGAGAUACGCAUUUUAGACGUAGAUGCCCUCUGCAUGGAGAACAGGUAUUUGCAUGAACGGUUCUGUCAACUUCAAGAAGAAAUCCACAUGCUCAAAUCAAACCUGGUGAAGUAUAAGAGUGCGCUGGACUGCAGGAAAACCGCUAAAAUGUGUGGGAAACCUAACAGUAGUGCACUGACUGGUGUACUCUCUGCUAAACAAGUGAAGGAAUUGUUACUGUCUGAAGAAAACGGCUGCAGUUUGCCGGUGACUCCUCAGUCCAUCUCAGACCUCAAGUCCCUCGCCACAGCCCUGCUAGAAACCAUCCACGAGAAGAACAUGGUGAUUCAGCACCAACGCCAAAUCAACAAGAUUCUGGGAAACCGAGUAGCAGAGCUGGAGAAGAAACUAAAAUCAUUAGAAAUGUCUGGAUUAUGGAGCCUGCCAGGCCUGACUUAUAAUGUGUCUCUGGGAAUUUAUGGAAGAGGAAAAGACACCAUCAUUCUGAAAACUCAGCAGGCGGAGACAACAGAGUCUCCUGGAAAGGAAGGUGAUGAAGUGCCAGAAGAAAUAGCUGUCGAUCAGCAAUGCUCCACAGAGGUCUCCGUCCAAGAGAGUGAACCACCUGCUGUGUCAGGUAAUGGAGAGGAGCCUCUCGUGGAUACAUCAUCGGCAUCCAGCGAGGAGACGUGCCAGCCAGCCGAGGAGGACCCGGCCGGCCCUCAUACACCAGACAGUGAGGAGGUUCCCGAUAGCAGCCAAUCCCUGGACACAACGGAUUUAACCAUUCAGCAGUCAAAAGACGAGGAGUGUGUGACUGUUUCCUCUCUCACACAACAUCCGUCAGACCCCUGCCAUGCACAGCAAACUUUAGAGAACCCUGACCCCACAGGAGAAAGAGAGGUAGAGUCUGAAACAGUGGAAACUGUUGAAACUGAGUGUAUUUUACCACAGGAAAACAUCAAUAGCACAAUGUCAACUGCUGACGAAGACCAGCAGGACGUCCAGUCAAACCAGGAGACAGAGCUUACAGAGGGGACAGAUGUUUGUGAAACUCAGGAAAUGUGAAGUCAUCCAUGAGCCGCUCGCUUGUUGCAAAGUAUCAGGAGAAAUCCUCAGAAACAUGAGGAGAAUUGAUACAUUUGAACAUUAGUUAUGCUACUUUAUUCAUUCAUGAAUAAUGAAAAACACCUGAGUAGUUAAGAUUGAUGGAUGGUAAGAAAAAAACAACUAAUAGGAUACCAUACAUGAGGGAAUUUCUAAUGAAUGUAAAAGAAAUGAUAAUGCCCCCUAACAAACAUAACACAAUGUCAACUGUCAGUGACCAGCUAUGUUAUUUGUGCUUUAAUUUGAUCUGUUACGAGUCUUAUGCAUUAAUGGUCCAAAGAAUGUCGAAACAUUAACAUAACACCCACGAUUGUUGAACAAUAACGCUGCUAUAACAGCCUCCGAACAUCUUUGGAGCUAACUUUGGUAGCGAUGAGCUUCUUUCCUAAAAACAGAAAACCAAAACCCUUGCCACAAAGUAUGAAGCUUUAAAAUGGGAAUGUAUCAGAGUGGGAGAAACUACGAUUCAAGUAAAAGAAAAAGUAGCAAAAAAAGGGCUGUAGAAUUGAUGUUUCAGAGAGCUCUCACCAGGUGUGGUGAUUUAGAUUUCUCUGUAUUGACACAAAAUGUCAGUCUUUGGGGUUUACUUAAGACUGAAUAUGAACAGUGAAGGAAAAUGUAGAUUUAAUAACAUGUCUAAUGUUAACUCUGGACUAAGCCACCGAUUUAGGUUUCAGGUAGAAAUUAACUAAAAAUAAAGGGACCCGUGCAAUUGCAGUUGACAUGAACUGAAAGAGGUGGUUUUGCUAAGGAAAGAUUUAUCCUUUAUCUUUCUACCUCCAUCCACACUGAAGCCUCGACAUAUAGGAAACUAUCUCUUAUAGAUCUCUACAUCAACAAAUAACAGCCAGAUGUUUAGCUUAAGCAGCAGCUUUAUUUAUUUUAUUUAAAAACAAUGCAAACAUUUCAAAACCACCAUUUAUUAUUCUCCUAAAUUUGACAAUUUGGGAUAUUUAGCUUUUUGAAUAAACAUUUCACAAAAGUUCUUUUUUUGUAAUCAUAAAAACACAAAUGUAUCACAGCUAUACUAAAUGCUGCAUGACACUACUAUUUAUUAAGGGCGGGUAUUAUUUGCUCUUAUUUCUUAACAGGCAAAUAUUUGAUGAUAUAUUUGCUCUGAAGAUCUCAGUUGAACCAACGAUUUAGUUAAGAUGACAUUAAGUGAACUAGUCUGUUUCACAAAGAACCCACAACAUGUUGUAGUAUUACCAGCACUGACUUCUUGGUCAUGUUUUGUAACAAAAAGUAUUAACUCAUCAGAUAGAAACACCACAAAACCAUAUGUGUAUAUGUGUUGAAUGUGCACAAAAUGGAUUUAUUUCUGAAAAAUAAAUGAUUUUCAACUGAAUAAAAACCCAUUUUAAGUAUAGAAUUAUAUAAAAAGCAGCACUGCACAGAUGUAUUGGAGGUUUUUGUAAGCAAGAUAUAAUAUUUAAAAUGACCAUUCACAUGACCAUGUUCACCUUAGUUUGGGUAGUGUAACUACUUUAGUCAUAAACAAAAAAUGUAACCAAUGAUUGUGCUUGAGGAAAAGUCUAAAGAUCACUAAAGUCAAAAGGCUUCAUCCUCUAGGAACGAUGAAUAUCUGUAACAAUUUAUUUAAUUUUUGGAAAAGAUUAAUUCUCAAGACAUGUUUCCACCAUUUUUAAAAUAAAAACAACAUAAUGAUUCCAAUCAAUGAUUUAAUCACAGCAAAUCUCUUAACUGCCCUGUAAGCCACCAUCCACAAGCUUACGUUUUUCCUGCCGUACAUUAUACGCCUUAUACUUCAUAUUCCAGAGGCUGGGGGGAGAAAUCCCAAUAAUGCAGCAGCCAAGCCUGCGGCCUGCGUUUCCACUCAGCAGGCUCCCAGCGUCACCACCACGCCCCAAGUCAUCUUCCUUCUCAUGGAUCACCACAGCUCUUCCUAUCACAGACAGCCCUGUGAACAGUGUGCCCUCAGAAUCUAUCAUCGUAUUGAUUUUUCCUCGCUGGGCCACAAAGUUACCAAAGUCCCCAGGGUGGUUUGGGUGAUGCACGCCAUGUGGAUUGUAGUGGCCGCCAGUGGAAUCACAACCCUGGCUCAGGUCUCCAUACUGAUGGAUGUGCACCGCUCUGGGCACUGGGGCAUUCUCUGUGGGGAAGCCACUGAACUGAAGGAGGACCUUAAGUUUCCCCUGAGGAUAUUCCUGUUUAAACAGUACCUGACCAUACACUUUUGGCAGGCCUACAGGAAGUGAGGUGCUGGGUCUCAUUUUGCAGGCUGCAUACAGAGUACUAUUGUACUGCCUGACCUCUGGUGGAGUGUCAGUGGAGACACUUAGCUGACAGCCUACCAGCAGAAUCAACAGUGCUGCUCCUUGUAUGUUCAUUGACCUGAAAGAUGUUAAUAGCGAUAAGACAGUGGAUAAACUCAUCAUGUUUUGCAUGAAAAAAUUGCUGGUUUACUUAAUUGCUGUAUUUAGAUUCCUUAAUUUAAGUUAAAGAAGUAGCAUUUAUCUCAUUACUCUGUUCUUAGUAAAAGUCAUGCAUUAUUUAAUGCCUAAGUCAGAAAAAUAAGGGAAAACUCACAUUAUGGGGAUAUUCAUCAACAUGUUAGAGGUAUUUUAAUAGUGUAACAUGUUUGAGCUCUUUUGAGCUACUUUUCAUACAGUUGGGUGGUUUCAUAUAU